CUGAAUGGUAACACACACACACGGAGAGGUGUUCCCAGACUGUGUCGGGUCAUUGUAGGGAAAAGAGGUGGAGUAAUAUAGUUAAAAAUGGGCUGAGACAAACUAAGAGUAGCACCGUCCUUGUUUAUAAAUCGCCAUACCACUGGAUGUCUCCUCUGUUUCAACAUCUCUACAUCUCCCACAUCCACAGGAAGACACCAAGGGUAAGACUCAAUCAGCUCCUUCACUGACAGUUUCAUUGUCAAAAUUUCAAGUUGAAAUUAAACAUUUAAAGUUGAAUUACUUGAAAGUUGUUUAAAGUAUUUAUAGCCUAUGUGAGGAUAAACAUAAUGCUACUUCUGUUUCCUUGUUUUCUUGUUUCCUCAGUUGCCUAGCUUUUACUGUUUAGGAUUGUAGUGAGGGGAGUGACAUUUAUAGAGAGACUAUGACUCAUGCGUUCAGAAGUUCAAUUGUCAGUGAUUGUAAGGACUUUUAAAGUUCAAAGUCCUGUGUGUUUACGAUUUAGCCUAACCUGAUAAUUAUGCUGAAGUAAUAAUGAUUAACAUACUGUAUAUACUACAUGUAGUGACAAGACAUAAUGCACAUUGCACAUAAUGUCAGUACAAUUUUUUCAGCUCUCCAGACAUUUUAUCUCUGUCUCAUAUCUUCUCUGAAAUGUUGGCAUAUUCAGUCUGGCAGAAUAUAUGCGCUAACAAAUUCGUUUUUGAUGGUUUUCUCAUCAUUUAUUUCUCAGGGCUCAAUAUCUCGUAGUUAACAAGAGAUGGAAUAUGAAUAUGUGUUUUUGGCCAUAAAUCUCUGACAGAGAUCUCACCCAGUAGAACAGCUGUGAAACUUCAGCUGAAUUUUUGAGAUAUUGGAGAUAUUUGGACAUGAGACAAGAUGUUCUGUAGGAACACUGACAGCUCCUCAUCUCUAGCUCUCGCUAGCAGCAUGUUGAUGGAAAACGUCACAGACCUGGAAGCUAUCCUAAAUACCUACAGUAUGUUAUUGAACUGAGGCAGUAAAGAAAGAGAAGCCUCACCUGUAGUAAUUAUCUGUAGAAUGUUAAAGCGGACAUCAAUAGCAAACACGUCUGAUACUGUAUUUAGCCAAAUACCGCACGGUUAAAACACACGUACGCACACCUGAACGCACACACCUUCUCAUAGAAAACGAUGGGCUUUCGCCCAGUUCACAGAGAAUCAUUCACACAUCCACACAAGUGAGGAUAAUCUGAAGUGAUACAUUUACUUCACAUUGAACCCAAACAGAGCUUCUGGUAUUUCCAGGCAGAGUCAGCACAAUGAGUCAGUCUGAAUAGGGAACGGCAGGGUCUUGAUGGAGUUGUCUCUCUGGGCACGUCCUCACACACUGUGAUAACACACAAACGCACACACAUACACACAUACACACUGGUGUAUGGAUCUGAUCUUCAGAGAUCUACUGUCACGCGAUCUAUAUCUGCAGUAGGGGAAUGCAAACACCUUGAUAAAUCUCUCUCUGGCUUCUACUAGAACAAUACUAAACAUCUGGCCCAUCCACACUUUCAGACUGAUAAGUACUGAGUUUACACACUGCUUCAAAGAUAGAAUAGAUUUUACGAGACAAGCUAUCUCAAGACUAAACAGAUAUGACUGUACAGAACAUUGUGGGGCAGUCUCCCAGACACAGAUUAGGCCUAGUCCUCAAGUAAAACAGAAAAGGUUGAUGGAGAAUCUCCAUUGAACGUGCUUUUAAGUCUGGGACUAGGCUUAAUCUGUGUCUGGGAAACUGCCCAGAGUGUUUAAAGAAAGAUUAGUCCGAUUUUUCAGGGAUAGUCAUAUUAGCGAACUUAUUUCAUUUCAAACUUCAUAUUUCUCUAGUAUAGGCUACUUAUCGUAAUGAACGAUAUCAGCAAAAUGCCUGUGAUAAGUGAUUGGUAUGGUCGGUGUCGUUAAUUUUCGGUUAUCGCUUCAGCUCUAGUUCACACGCACGUAAAGGUACACAUAUACGCACGCACACACUCCUCACACACACAACAUCCAAAGAACCCCUACGGGUCAGAAAGAGGGAGAGCAGUGAGAGGGGUGAAGGAUAACAGGAACAGAUAGUUGUUGACAACUUGGAUCGUCAUUCUGUUAUUGGCUGUAAGUGCAUUACAACUUUCAGAUGGAUGGCCAUUCUCUAGUUCCCUCCUAAUAGAUGUGUUCAGAUAAAAUACAUACUUCAUAUUAUUUGAUACAUUCUGUCCAAAUUAUGUGAAAGAGAAUAAUAAUUCUAUCCAGCAAGUCUUGUCUAUAACAGAUGAAAAAGUGAUAUUGUCAACGGAUCUCUUUUAAGUUAAUAAAGGGGAAUAUAUAUAUUUUAAAAGGAUAUGUAUAUAUAUAUAUAUAUAUAUAUAUAUAUAUAUAUAUAUAUAUAUGUAUGUAUGUGUAUGUAUGUGUAUGUAUGUAUAUAUAUAUAUAUAUAUAUAUAUAUAUAUAUAUAUAUAUAUACACACAGUUGAAGUCGGAGGUUUCAUACACCUUAGCCAAAUACAUUUAAACUCGGUUUUUCCCAAUUGCUGACAUUUAAUCCUAUUAAAUAUUCCCUGUCUUAGGUCAGUUAGGAUCACCACUUUAUUUUAAGAAUGUGAAAUGUCAGAAUAAUAGUAGAGAGAAUGAUUUAUUUCAGCUUUUAUUUCUGUCAUCACAUUCCCAGUGGGUCAGAAGUUUACAUACACUGAAUGAGUAUUUGGUAGCAUUGCCUUUAAAUUGUUUAACUUGGCUCAAACGUUUCGGGUAGCCUUCCACAAGCUUCCCACAAUAAGUUGGGUGAUUUUGGCCCAUUCCUCCUGACAGAGCUGGUGUAUCUGAGUCAGGUUUGUAGGCCUUCUUGCUCGCACACGCUUUUUCAGUUCUGCCCACACAUUUUCUAUACGAUUGAGGUCAGGGCUUUGUGAUGGCCACUCCAAUACCUUGACUUUGUUGUCCUUAAGCCAUUUUGCCACAACUUUGGAAGUAUGCUUGGGGUCAUUAUCCAUUUGGAAGACCCAUUUGCGACCAAGCUUUAACUUCCUGACUGAUGUCUUGAGAUGUUGCUUCAAUAUAUCCAUGUAAUUUUCCUUCCUCAUGAUGCCAUCUAUUUUGUGAAGUGCACCAGGCCCUCCUGCAGCAAAGCACCCCACAGCAUGAUGCUACCACCCCGUGCUUCACAGUUGGGAUGGUGUUCUUCAGCUUGCAAGCUCCCCCUUUUUCCUCCAAACAUAACGAUGGUCAUUAUGGCCAAACAGUUCUAUUUUUGUUUCAUCAGACCAGAGGACAUUUCUCCAAAAAGUAUGAUCUUUGUCCCCAUGUGCAGUUGCAAACCGUAGUCUGGCUUUUUUAUGGCGGUUUAGGGGCAGUGGCUUCUUCCUUGCUGAGCGGCCUUUCAGGUUAUGUCGAUAUAGGACUCGUUUUACUGUGGAUAUAGAUACUUUUGUACCUGUUUCCUCCAGCAUCUUCACAAGGUCCUUUGCUGUUGUUCUGGGAUUGCACUUUUCGCACCAAAGUACAUUCAUCUCUAGGAGACAGAACAGGUCUCCUUCCUGAGCUGUAUGACGGCUGCGUGGUCCCAUGGUGUUUAUACUUAGGUACUGUUGUUUGUACAAAUGAACGUGGUACCUUCAGGCGUUUGGAAAUUGCUCCCAAGGAUGAACCAGACUUGUGGAGGUCUACAAUUUUUGUGAUGUCAAGCAAAGAGGCACUGAGUUUGAAGGUAGGCCUUGAAAUACAUCCACAGGUACACCUCCAAUUGACUCAAAUGAUGUCAAUUAGCCUAUCAGAAGCUUCUAAAGCCAUGACGUCAUUUUCUGGAAUUUUCCAAGCUGUUUAAAGGCACAGUCAACUUAGUGUAUGUAAACUUCUGACCCACUGGAAUUGUGAUACAAUAAAUUAUAAGUGAAAUAAUCUGUCUGUAAACAAUUGUUGGAAAAAUUACUUGUGUCAUGCAUAAAGUAGACCGACUUUCCAAAAGUAUAGUUUCUUAACAAGAAAUUUGUGGAGUGGUUGAAAAACAAGUUUUAAUGACUCUAACCUAAGUGUAUGUAAACUUCCGACUUCAACUGUAUAUAUAUUUGCGGGAAAAAACCAUGGGGGAUUGGAAGUGAUGCAGACAAUUACAUUGAUGGAAGUUACAAUCUAUCUGCAAUAUUAAAGCUGAUCUACCACCUAAAAAAAUUACAAAAAAUUAAAAAAACAAUGCAGCAGCAUAGACUAAACUGACUUGACAUCAUUCCUAACAUACCAUGUUCCUUUAUUCCCUUAUUUCUCAGAGAACAGAGAACAGAGAGGAUGGAUGAAGAGGACUACGACUACGACUUUGGGAACUCCAGCUCCAACGACAGUGACUACUACGAUGACUACCACUCGGUGUGCAACAAAGCCGAGGUGCGUUCCUUCGGCAGUCUCUUCCUACCCGUGGUCUAUGCCUUGGUCCUGGUGGUGGGCGUGGCAGGCAACGCCCUAGUCGUGGUGGUGUACGCGUCGCCGCGGCGACUGCGGACGCUGACGGACGUGUGCAUCCUGAAUCUCGCUUUGGCUGAUUUAGUCCUCCUCUUCACGCUGCCCUUCUGGGCGGCCGACGCCGUGCACGGCUGGCGGAUCGGCGUGGCCGCCUGCAAGCUCACCUCCUUCCUCUACACCACCAACUUCAGCUGCGGCAUGCUGCUGCUAGCCUGUGUUAGCGUGGACCGCUAUCGGGCGCUGGCACACAAUGCUGGAGGCCGGGCUGGGAGUGGCCCGUGGGCCAGGAGACAAUGGAUAUUAGUGUGUGCCGUUGUGUGGACCACAGCUGUUUGCCUGGGCCUGCCUGACAUGGUGUUCUCCACGGUGAAGCACACAUCCCACCGGCUGGCCUGCACAGCCGUCUACCCCCACAGCAUGGCCCGACCGGCCAAGGCUGCCUUGGAGCUGCUGGAGGUGCUGCUGAGCUUCCUGCUGCCUUUCCUGGUAAUGGUGAUGUGUUAUUGCUGGGUGGGCCGGGCGCUGGUUAGGGUCGGAGCCGGGGUGCGCAGGGAGAGGAGGUGGCGGGCCCUGCGGGUUCUGCUGGCCGUGGUGGGGGUGUUCCUGUUCACCCAGCUGCCCUACAACCUGGUGAAGCUGUGGCGGACGCUGGACGUCAUCUACGGCCUGGUGACCGACUGUGACCUCAGUAAAGGUCUGGACCGGGCUCUCCAGGUGACGGAGAGCCUAGCGCUCACACACUGCUGCAUCAACCCAAUGCUCUACACCUUCAUAGGCUCCUCCUUCAGAGGACACAUCCUCAGGGUUGCCAAGAGCCUUGGACAGUGCCUCGGGAGGAGAAUGCGCGGUGGUCGCCAUGGCAACGAGGAGCCGGCAGUGGAGAUCUCGCUCAAUACACACACUUCCGCCGGGCACACACACUCACACUCUGUCUCGGAGGACGAAGACACUAGCACCUUCACCAUCUAACAUUUCUAAAAACUCUUAUUAUGGAUUAUGGUGACCAAAAAGGGCUAAUGCACAAACACUUCUACUGGAUUUUCAAGGGGCAAUCUGGGAUUCAAACAGCAACAAAGCUGUCAAACAAGCUUAUAUUUAGGGUUCUGAUUGGGUAUGACAGUUGAAUUAAGCUCAUGAGGCAUUUAUAAG